CUCUAUAUAAAAAAUAGCAAAAAGGAAUUAGGGUUUCUCUGACUAUUCCAUUCUUUAGCUGCAACCUUCGUCGUUCUAAGCUUGCAGAGCCUUCGAUCUCGAAAACAUGACUAAGAGAACAAAGAAGGCUGGCAUUGUUGGGAAAUACGGUACCCGUUAUGGGGCUAGUCUGCGGAAGCAGAUUAAGAAGAUGGAAGUUAGUCAACACAGCAAAUUCUUCUGUGAAUUUUGUGGAAAGUAUGCUGUGAAGAGGAAAGCUGUAGGAAUAUGGGGAUGCAAGGACUGUGGUAAAGUGAAAGCUGGCGGUGCCUACACUUUGAAUACUGCAAGUGCUGUGACUGUACGAAGCACCAUAAGGAGGUUGAGGGAACAAACCGAGAGUUGAGCUUUUGGUUAAUGCUAGUUUGUGGUCAAUUAGACUUGCGAGAAAUGCCUAGUUUAUGUUCAGAGAACUCCGUUGGUUGUAUUCAAAGUUGACUUCCAGAUUAAGUUUUACCUGAGAUGAUGAACUCUUAAUUUUAAUUGUUUGGAACUCUUUCUGUUAGACAAAUUUAGCUUCGUAGUUUCCUUUUGUUCUUUGUUCUUUGCAACUUCAAGAGGUUCAUUGCUUCUUUUUUUCCCAUGCUUGUUAAGCUGAAUUUUAACUUUCUCCCAAAUGCCUCUUAAGAACUCUACCUAUGUUUUUAUAGUUUCGUUAUGGCCUUGACUCUGCUCUUGUUUGUGAUUCUAGUGAAGGCAUGGUGGCAUUAAAAGUAAUAUUUUGCC